UUCUCCUUCUCAUACUCUGACUUGGCCCUGCCUCUCUCCUCUCCAAAGCUGUUUUCAACCAGGAGCCCUGAGGCAGAGCCACCUAGCAAAAGGACUUCACCUGCACGCACCCCCCUUUGGACAUCUGCCAUUUUGACCUGUUGAGACUGCAACAUGAGCGGGAUCUGAAAUCCGGACCUGGAGUAGUUUUGCAAGCCUCUGUGGAGCGUGUAUACAAGGAUACUAACCUUUGAGGUCCGGGUGGGACAUCCAUCCAAAAUUUCUACCACGCUCUCAGAGGGACACUCAAAAGGAAUUCCUUCCCUCCUCUCUGCCUUUCGCACUCGCUUGCAAUCAUGAACUCCUCCACCAACUACUUCGCAAUCAUGAACUCCUCUGCCAGCUACUCCACAAUCAUAAACCCCACCAACUCAAGCGCAGUCGCCAAUGCGUCCUGCGUGCAGAUAGAUGUCAGCCCCAUCAGUGACCUGCUCAUGGCCAUCUACAUCAUGGCCUUCAUAUUGGGCGUGGUCUUCCACCUGACCACCCUGGGGCCCAUUGUUCAGCAGGUGUCCAGCCACAACGUGCUGGGGGUCUACCUGCUCAGCCUGUCUCUGUCAGACCUCUUCUAUAUCUCCACCAUGCCUUUGUGGAUAUACUACUACCGCAUGGACCACAAAUGGGUUCUGGGAGAGGUCUCCUGCAGUGUGGCUGGCUUCAUUUACUACUCCAACAUGUACGUCAGCAUCUACCUGCUGUGCUGCAUUUCGGUGGACCGCUGCCUGGCCGUCACCUUCCCGCUGCAUGCCAAGGUUUUCCGCCGCAACCGCUACGCCUGGGCCAUCUGCGGCGGCGUGGUCCUCCUGAUCAUGGGCGCGCACACCCUCAUUCUGAAGCUCAACACAGACUCGCCGCUGCACGCCAAGACGGGCCGGUGCUACGAGAACUACCCCAUGACCCUGCAGCUGGCCCGCUUCAACCUGAUUCGGGUGGGGCUGGGCUUCCUCGCGCCCCUGCUGCUGCUCGCCCUCUGCUACACCCAGAUCUUCAGGAAAGUGAGGCAGAGCUACGGGAUCAAGGAGGGCAACAAGCGCAAGGUCAAGCUCCUCUCCAUGGGGGUGAUCGCCAUCUUCUCUAUCUGUUUCGCCCCCUACCACAUCCUGCUGCUGCUGCGCUCCGUGGUAUUCAUCCUCCUGGGAGAUGACAGCUGCGUGUUCGAGCAGAGCCUGCACUUCUUCUUCUCCGGCACGCUGGCCCUCUCAAGCCUCAACAGCGUGGUGGACCCCCUGCUCUAUGUGUUGGUCAGUAACGGGGUCAAGGACGACAUGAGGCUCUGCUGCUGGUGGGGAAACGGGGCAAGCUCAGGGUCCCGAACUGCCUCCUCGCCCACACAACUGAGGACUCGCUUCACCAGCCUAUCUUGAGGACUGAUUCUGAUGUGCGUGUGUGUGCAUGUGUCUUCUGUAUACUUGUAUAUUGUUGAUAUUUAAGAAUUCCCUUCUUUGUGCUCCUUGAAACUGAUGAUGUGCGUUUUCCAUCUCAGAGCAGUCUGAUGGUACAUGUUGUAGUUCUGCAGUGCUCCUGGGAUGUAGCAAAUGACAGAAUGCAAAGAGGAAAGAUGCUGCUUUAGCUAUGUGCUGUACAGCAUACAGUAUUUGAGCAGCUGAUGCUCCUGGAAGGAUCCUGGAAAUUGUCAUGAUCAGAGGCAGUCCUCCAAAUCCCCCCCCCCCCCCCACUUUACCACCAUCACCACCACCACCAAGGAACCUAAUUGAAUGCAGCUGCAGAAAGCAGUAAGGACUCCGAACUGAUUCCCUUCUCAUCUGAUUCCCAGCUCCUCAGAAAGCCUCCUCAAACUCCACAGCUGCCCUCACCAGCCCUGUCUAUUUCAGCCACCAGUGCCAGGACACUGGGGAAAACCAAUGCCAAAGGCAGAGACACAAUUAUCACACCUUUAGCACAUCCGCGUCUGCAUUUGUUGUGGAUGUUCUAAUGUCAUAAUGGCCUUCAUCAGAAAAGGCAGUGUGGGGAAAAGGCACUAUUUAAACUAAUAUUUCUACAACGUGAUAUGCAAAAUGUGCUGCAGUGGAUGUUUAUUCCUGGAAUAGGAAAGGUUUUCUUUGGCAAAGGAAAGGAUCACAAAUGAGGAUGCUGCCCCUCUCCCCACCACCUGCCUUGGACAUCAUAAAAUGGUAAAGUUAAAAUAAAAUGAAGGAAGGGGUGAGGGGAAAAUGGGAUAACAGACAAUGGUGAGAGCGGAAGGUUCAGGUAUUGGAAGAAAAACCUUUUUUUUCAGCAGUCAGAUUCAUCUAAUUGCUUGUUCUUUUCAUCUUAAAACACUUGAAAAUGCAGGUACAUUCAA